UUGGAUGUAAAGUAUGUCACACCCUUGGAUUACGCAAAGGGUGGUGAGGCGAAUACAUUUACAGUUGUAUUGUCAGAACCAGGAGAAUAUCAGUUGUACCUUGGCACACGCAGUACAGAGACAGAUCCCAAAAUCAGGCAUAAUGUAACGAUCACAGUAGCCCCCUGUGACCCUUGUGGGUUUUCCCCCACCUACAGCUUUAUUGAAAGCAAUGUAUCUAUGCGGUUUGAGAGUGCCACCGGUAGUGGUGGUAAUAGUCUCAGUCUUCAAGAUAAGGUACGUAUAGUGCCUGUUUCACAAGGAACAACAGGACGCCCAUGUGAGAACCCAACAGGACCAUUCGCAGCACUCACGUUAGACCCUAAUGCAAGUGAGAGUAGUACUGCCAUGACUGUUUUUAACUUUUUCGCUGGAAAUACGUCGGAGUACUUGGGUGAUUAUUACAUCUGUUACCAAAAGAGUGCGAGUCAAUCAAACUAUGCUAUUGUAACCGACACCACAGGAAAACCAGUGACCUUUUCAAUUUACCCUCAACUUUCAACCAGAGUGGUGCCGUGUUUGGAUACUCCUUCCUACUUACAGGCUGUGCUGUUUACCUUUGAAUUGGACACUACCAGUUACCCAAAACUUACCUUUUCGGAUAAGGAUGAAUUCUUCCUUUUGCCAGGGAAUGUGGAAUGUAAUGCAGAAGGAGCAUCCAACGCAUCAGGUGUUAUUCAUUCUGUGUUUGAUAAACUGGAAGGUGAUAAUGUGUCUCUGUGGGUAUCCAAACUCCCUGAUGGACAUGAAACAAAAAAUUACAAGUUGUGUUUUCGUCUCCAAGCAGCUACUGUUUUCCACGCAGUAACACGGUCACCGCUCUCUGUAUCACCGCAAGACCCAGCAACCAUUACAACCAAACCCGCAUUUAUUACCCCAGAAACUGAUAGUUUCAGUAUGUUUAUUUACGGUACUAAACUCUCUGCGCAAGAUGAAGUGUAUGUUGUAAAUGCCUCAGAGCGGUGUGAUGAGCGUUGCGAUGAGACACUCACCCCAACACCGUUGCCUGCUGCUGAGUACACUAAGAGUUUCGUAAAUGAAACACUUCUGGAGUUAAACUUCACAAAGGCUAUUGGGACAGAUGUUGCACUAGCAGUUUGUUAUCGUCGCGCACAAAGUUUGCUGGUACGAUUAGCAGUGUACCAUAUAGGGAAUCGUAAUCCCACAAGCUACAAUACAAGCUUUGUACCUCGUCUCGGGACGCGGCCGCUACUUACAUUCCUUGGAGUUGGUCUUUCGAAAAAUGACCGUGUGAUGAUUGUGAAUGAAGGUGCAUACUGUGAUGAAGCAGAA